AUGUUGGUGGUGGGAGGACUCUGCUCUCUCUGGUCCAUUCUCAGUCUCUCUGUCGCCGCCCUGCUGGUGGUGGGAGGACUCUGCUCUCUCUGGUCCAUCCUCAGUCUCUCUGUCGCCGCCCUGCUGGUGGUGGGAGGACUGUGCUCUCUCUGGUCCAUCCUCAGUCUCUCUGCCGCCGCCCUGCUGGUGGUGGGAGGACUGUGCUCUCUCUGGUCCAUCCUCAGUCUCUCUGCCGCCGCCCUGCUGGUGGUGGGAGGACUGUGCUCUCUCUGCUUCAUCCUCAGUCUCUCUCUCGCCGCCCUGCUGGUGGCGCGAGGACGGUGCUUUCUCUUGUCCAUGCCCAGUCUCUCUGUCGCCGCCCUGCUGGUGGUGGAGGCGAUGCUCAUCUGUGGCCCUCAGUCUGUGGCCCUCAGUCUGUGGCCCUCAGUCUGUGGCCCUCAGUCUGUGGCCCUCAGUCUGUGGCCCUCAGUCUGUGGCCCUCAGUCUGUGGCCCUCAGUCUGUGGCCCUCAGUCUGUGGCCCUCAGUCCGUGGCCCUCAGUCCGUGGCCCUCAGUCCGUGGCCCUCAGUCCGUGGCCCUCAGUCCGUGGCCCUCAGUCUGUGGCCCUCAGUCUGUGGCCCUCAGUCUGUGGCCCUCAGUCCGUGGCCCUCAGUCCGUGGCCCUCAGUCCGUGGCCCUCAGUCUGUGGCCCUCAGUCUGUGGCCCUCAGUCUGUGGCCCUCAGUCUGUGGCCCUCAGUCUGUGGCCCUCAGUCUGUGA